GUUGGAUGUCACACAAACUUUUAUCCUCCCCAGGGGAACUACUUCCUUUUUUUUUCGUCCCUUACUUCUAGUCUCCAAGAAAAUAAACUCAAGAGGUGCAUAAUAGAGUCGGAUAACCUUUCCGAUCACAGACACGACCAUCUGUUUUCUAUAGACAAAAAGGAUUACAAUUUGGAUUUCGAUGAUUGAUCCUAACUUACCUACUUUCUUAUCUGUUUGCCUAACCUUUUGGACGGAUGAAUGAGUAGAUGAAUCAACAGCCGAGGAAGAAGAGAACAUAAUCAAUCUUUCUCACAAUACCAAGCCAACAGCUAUUGACGUUUCAUUAAUUCACUCACUUGUCUCACUCAUCCAUCCGUUCACCUCAAAGGGUUGCUUACUACAACCACCAACACUUUGUACCUUCACCUUUACUCCUCUUCCUUAAUUCACCUACCUAACCCCACAUUCUCAACUCACACAAAAUGCCUGGUACUAUUUACGACGCAUUUGCGAAUCCCGCGCUCAUCUACGAUGAAGCACCGGAGCACACAUCUCUGUUGUCCAAACCACCGGCGCCAUUGUUCCUUAUCCACGAUGGUGGUGGUACUACCUUCAAUUACCACCUGUUAGACAACAUUGACCGCCCAUUGUGGGGUAUUGAGAAUGCUCACCUACACAAGGGCGGCUGGUGGGACGGUGGCAUCGCCGAGAUGGCUGCUCAUUACGUUGACCUUCUCGCCAAGGCUAAACCUGAAGGCGGUGACAUCAUUCUAGGCGGCUGGUCGCUGGGUGGACACUUAUCUUUGGAGAUGGCACAUCGGAUCGCCCUAGCAGCGCGCAAUGGCAGCAGUCGUGGUAGCAGCCGGAGCAGUAGCAGUCGCCGCAAUAGUACUGACAGCGACAGCAGCGCUGCUAGUGGAAUGAGCGCGCUCUCUGCUCCCAAAUUCCGUGUGCUUGGCAUCAUCAUGAUCGACACGGUGUACCCCAAGACGCUAACAGAAAUCCGGGGCCCGCUGCCUUCCGACCACGUGGUACUAACCCCUGAGCAAUCCAAGACCAUGAAACUGAAGGAUAAGGUCGACCUCAACAUGACCCACGCCCGUAUGAUGGUUAAGGAAUGGGAGUUGCCUCGCUGGACCGAGGAUAACUUGCGCGUUCCACCUACCAUUCUGCUACGCGCCAAGGAGUUCGUUAACAGGAAUCCCAACGGAUCAUUUGUCGACUACACUAGAGACCUCCGCCUCCUAGGUUGGGACAAGUACGUCCAAGAGAAUGGCAACUUUAUUAAGGAAAUCGUUGAUAUUGACGGUCACCACUUUUCCAUCUUCAGCGAAGAACACCUUGAGGAUAUCUCGCAAAAGAUCCGUGAUGCUGCAGAUGUUGUAGAUCCACCCGACUUCUAAUGUGUGGGGGUUUCUUUUGAAAUGACUUAUGACAUUUAGACUCGAUUGUUCAGCCACGCAGGCGUACCGGAUAGUUGUUAGGCGCUCGGCGUUACGGUAACUUGUGUGUACUUUCUAUUAGAGAGAGAUGAUCGAUCACAUAAAAGGGGUGUUCGGUGGUCAUAAAACAUAGUAUUUAUUGCGUCCCUGCGUACGCCAUGUAAUCUAUGAAUAUUAUUACCUAUUAAGGAAACCA